AACACAGGAUCUGGCAACCCAGUUAGCAGCUGCCUCUGGUGCGGCUUCAUUCAGUCUCUCUCUGACAGCCAGGCAGCGUGGAAACAUGGUGCUCGACUUGGACCUGUUUCGGACCGACAAAGGCGGGGAUCCUGAAAUCAUCCGUGAGACUCAGAGGAAGAGAUUUAAGGACGUUACACUGGUAGAUAAACUGAUGUCCGCCGACACAGAGUGGAGAAAAUGCCGCUUCACUGCAGACAACCUGAACAAAGCCAAGAACCUCUGCAGCAAGAGCAUCGGGGAGAAGAUGAAGAAAAAGGAACCAGUAGGGGAGGAUGAGACUGUGCCAGAGGAAGCCCAGAACCUGGAGGCCCUAACAGCUGAGACACUGUCGGCUCUGACAGUAACGCAGAUCAAAAAGGUGCGUCUCCUUGUGGACGAGGCGGUGGAGGAAACCGACCGGAAGAGGAUCAAGCUGGAGGCGGAAAGGUUCGAGUAUCUGAGGGAGAUCGGCAACCUCCUGCAUCCGUCUGUACCCGUCAGCAAUGACGAGGAUGUAGACAACAAGGUGGAGCGUACCUGGGGUGACUGCAGCGUCCAGAAGAAGUACUCUCAUGUGGACCUGGUGGUCAUGAUAGAUGGCUUUGACGGAGAGAGAGGAGCCAUUGUGGCUGGGAGCAGAGGUUACUUUUUAAAGGGCCCCCUGGUGUUCCUGGAGCAGGCUCUGAUCAACUAUGCCUUAAGGAUCCUCCACAGCAGGAACUACACCAUGCUGUACACGCCUUUCUUCAUGAGGAAAGAGGUCAUGCAGGAAGUGGCCCAGCUCAGCCAGUUUGACGAAGAGCUUUAUAAGGUCAUCGGUAAGAGCAGCGAGAAGUCAGACGACAGCUCCAUAGAUGAGAAAUACCUCAUAGCCACCUCUGAGCAGCCCAUCGCAGCCUUCCUGAGAGAAGAGUGGCUGAAACCAGAGGACCUGCCGAUCCGUUACGCUGGCUUCUCCACUUGCUUCAGACAAGAAGUGGGUUCCCAUGGGAGGGACACCCGCGGGAUCUUCAGGGUGCAUCAAUUUGAGAAGAUAGAGCAGUUCGUCUACGCCUCCCCUCAUGACGGCAAAUCGUGGGAGAUGUUUGAUGAGAUGAUUGGAACAGCAGAGGAGUUCUAUCAGUCGCUGGGAAUCCCUUAUCGCAUAGUUAACAUCGUCUCUGGGGCCCUGAAUCAUGCAGCCAGUAAGAAGCUGGAUCUGGAGGCCUGGUUCCCCGGAUCAGGGGCCUUCAGAGAGCUGGUCUCCUGCUCAAACUGCACCGACUACCAGGCCAGACGUCUCCGCAUUCGCUAUGGACAGACCAAAAAGAUGAUGGAUAAGGCAGAGUUUGUGCACAUGUUGAAUGCGACCAUGUGUGCAACAACCCGUGUGAUGUGUGCCAUCCUGGAAAACUACCAAACAGAGGAAGGCAUCAUCGUUCCAGAGGUGCUCAGGGACUUCAUGCCUCCUGGUUUGACAGAAAUCAUUAAGUUCGUUAAGCCUGCCCCGAUUGAUCAGGAGAUAUCCAAGAAAGCAAAAAAGCAUCAGGACGGAGGGAAGAAAAAGAAGAAGAAGGAAGGAGGAGACCAAAACCUGCCCAAUGCCAUGGAGAGCAUGUCCGUCAACGACUCAUAGACCACAGCGCACAUCAUCCGCCCGCCUUCAUCGACCUCACAGAAGAUCCAAACUGAUGGAACAGAGCCUCAUCUCUGACAACAAAGAUCAGCAUUCGGUUUUAGUUGUUUCUCCUAAACUGAAUUAGUUUAGACUAGAAAAGAAUGAAAGGGCCAUCUUUUAACUUGUUAAAUGUUGUUUAAUUCCUGAAGGAAAGGGAGGCUUCCUUGUUCCAUCUGAGUGUCAGUCUUCAUCUCAUGAAAAACAUUCUCAGUGUGUUGAUCCAGUUUCUCUCCACAUCUUGUACCUUUUUUGUAAAUAAAGCCAAAAUGAGCCUAAACCCAGCAGGUAAAACGUCUUACUCAACCAGUUGAUUAAUCCAGAUUACAAUCCUUCAGUUUAUCUGCAGUUACUUUAUGCGAUCACCUAAAUCCAGAUGAGCCAAUAAUGUGGCAAGUACACAUCAGUUUUUUGAGCAGCUAUCAUUUUAAGAUGCAGUUUCAACAUGUUUGGCAUUUUUCAUUAAAUCCAUAUGGUGUCUGUUGGGCUUUCCUUCCCGUGAUCUCAUCGCAAUCAUCACUGUCGCUGCUUGACGUCAAUUAUGACCGAGACUAUUGACAUCCCCUGUAUGGACUGAUUUAAAAAUAAAUGUAUAUGACUUCACAUUGAUGAAGUGGCACUUACUGUAAACAAUAAAUAGAACCGAUAUGAA